UAAAUUUUGUAUUGAAUCUUUCAAAGCCCAAGGAUGGCAUCAUUUGAAUCCAAAGCUGUGAAGCAAAGCAAUGCUCCUCAGGAAAUGCAGAAGUUUUCAUUAAGGAGAUUGGAAAUAUCCAUCAACAAGUUCAUCAAAGUGAUAACAAUAGACAUAGAGAGACUGCAGCAACACAGAUUAAAUGUCGAAAAAUUUAACAGACUUAAUGAUUGGAAUGCCCUUAAUCGAGAGAAUGUAAAUGCUACUAGGACAGUCCAACAGAUUAAGGCAAAUAUCAAAGAAAUAAAAAAGUUAAGAACACAGGUCAUGGAUGAAGAUAUUGAGGAGUUUGAUUGUAAAACAGAUCCAAUGGUGCAACAAGCUAUACACACACUGCAAGAAUUUGUGGAUUUAAGAACUGAAAUUUCUAAAAGUUCUGAAGCUGAUGACACAGAUGUGUUCUCCAGCAGACAUAGAACUGUGAGUGAGAACGAGCUUCUUAUCGCGGGUACGGAGCAGUUACACCAGAUCCCGGACUGUUCUCAGGCUGAGGAAUCCUGGGAAAAUUUACACGAGAACCUGGUGGAAUUAAAUACUUUAAUACAUGAUUUUUCAAGUGCAGUAAAGACACAACAAGAAUCUGUUGACAGAAUUGAAGACAAUAUUGAGAAAGCACAUCAGGAGGUCCAAAAGGGGGCGAUUCAACUGGGAAAGGCCUCCAAAUACAAAGCUGCCAUAUUCCCAGUGGCAGGUGCCCUUCUUGGUACAGUGGUGGCAGGGCCAGUAGGGUUGAUAGCGGGGGCCAAAAUAGGGGGCGUUAUGGGGGUGGGGAUCGGAGGGACAGCAGGAUUUUUAGGGGGUAGAUUCCUGAAAAAGAGACAAAACCAAGUGACAGAGGUAGAACUGAAAAAUAUGAGUGUGAAAAAAUCCUCUUCUUUACCGGACAUAGCAUCUGAGUCUGGGCAGAAAAAAGGCUGGUUACCUUGGACAUGACAUGCAAUUCUGUGUAGUAUAUUUAUCAAUUUACUUAACAGUCAUUUUAAAAGAGACAUUGGCAUAUAUCAGUAUUAUUAUAUGUAAAAUGUUAUUUACAUGUAUUGUGCAUUAAUCCUGCCAAUAAGUUUUGAAGGACGUUACAUUUUCAGCCAUGAUUUCCUCUGUUUGUAAGAUACAUGUAUCUGAAGAAAUGAAAUUGAUUGAAAUCUUUAAAAAAAGAAUGUGUUUUCAGUCAAGUCAGAUGUUAAACUUUCCCAAGAAAAAUCUGCU